AUGGCAGGCGGUGAUGACGGUAUUCCUCCUCCCACUCACACAACAAUCGUCAAUGCCUAUCAUCUUGCUCUUAAUGUGACAAACGGCAAGGCCUUCAUUCCUCUCAUUCUUGAUGUAGACAAUGUCCAAUAUGCACCAUGGGCAACUCUCUUCCGUAACACAGCAAAGGUCUAUAUUGUAUUGGACCACAUCGAUCCGAAGGUCAAGAAACCGUCGGACAUGGAUGAUGAUUUGUGGGAUCGUUUGGAUGCUAUUGUUCUCCAAUGGUUGUACGACACAAUCUCAAAGGAUCUCCUUCUCAAGGUUUUGGAUGACAACGCUACUGCCUUUGAAACGUGGAAUCUUAUCCGUAAGAUUUUCCAGGAUAACAAGGGUACACGGGUGGUGCUGUUGGAGAAUCAGUUUGGUAAUGUUCGUUUGGAAAAUUACCCUUCCCUAGAUGACUAUUGUCAAGCACUUAAGAAUAUCACCGACAAACGCGCGACCAUGGGUCACCCUGUCUCUGAGGAACGCUUGGUGCUUCAAUUGGUGGGCAAACUUGAUGCUGAGUAUCGUACUAUUGCGACGAUUAUUCGUCAAACAAACCCCUUACCCUCUUUCGAAGAAGCUUGCUCCACGCUUGAUUUGGAUAUGAUGGGUCGUCUGACUGAAGACGACGGGUCGGAAAACACCUCAACGACCCUGCUCGUUGCCUCUAAUACCGCACAACCCUCCACUCAUUCUCAACCGUCGCUGACUCACGGUGGGGGCGGCGUUGGUCGCGGUGGGUCUGGUAAGGCAGGUGGUGGCAAACACCACAAGGGAAAUAACAAGAAUUACUCUCGUGGUGGGGGUUCUGGUUCGAACAACAAUUCUGGUGGGAACGGUCAGGGGAAGGGCCAGCAAUAA